GUCAGUCAGUCGCACUCGGUCACCCCGUUGAAGGGUUGUUCGUGUCGUGCUGCUCUUUCCUCUCGUAACCAUCGGGUAUACACGUUUGUUUGCGUCAAGAUUAAUUAGUCGACUCAUUAUCGCGCAUAAUUAAUUGUGAUUAUCCCUGGGUAUGAUGUUGACACGAUCUUGUUAGGAUUAAAGUGAUGUGUAACUGUCACCGUGAAUCAUUACCACCCCCAUUCAACUUUUUAUUGGAGAGAACUUGAAAUUUUCCUCCUUUAGUAAAAAAGAAACUUUUUACUAAUAAUUACAAACUUUUUAUAUGUGAAUAAAUAUAGUAAUAUCAAAGUGAGUUUUAUUGGAAAAUCAAGUUAUAUAUGUGCAACUUUGAAGACGGGAUUAAUAUUCCAGGAACUUAACGAAGUCAUUCUACCCCCAUAGCUUUAAGAAACAAAGGGAAACUAUAGUCAAAUAAGCAGUUCUUUGGUGAAUCGAGGUUGACCGAAUAUAAUGGCUUAUAUUUGAGACGUCAGUGAGAAUGUGAGAAAAACUCACCUGGUGAUGUCUUCUUUGGGAACGUGUGCAGAUGAAGAGGACUCAGAGGAUGUGGAAAGUAAAGCAUCUGCGAUGUUGUCGCCAUUGCCUUCGGGAUACAAAUACAUGUAAGUGGAAAGAUAGUGGUUAAAUGGAAUCUUUUCUGAUAAAGGCAUCGCAUAUGGAGGAUGCUGCCCUUAACAUAAGAAAAGAAGAGCUCGCAACGGCUAGGAUUGAAGUCCUUAUAGUCGUUGUCAGGGCCUUCUUUAAAGCUUCAUUUAAAAAGAACUCUCUGAAUAUUUUUCUAAUUAAAAGUUGUAAGCUCGAACAUUCAAGUUCCUUUUUUCAAAUUAUGUUAUUAAACUGUUUAAUAUUUAGAUGACAAAUAAACUGUUAGUGUUAAAUAUUUUUAACUUAUUAAAACUAGAAUAAACUCAAGCAAAAGAAGGUCACUAAGCUAAACAGAAAAACAUUGAAAUAGUCAGAAAUGAUAAAAAGAGAUAAAUUCGAAACGUAGAAGAAGAGAAAUGUGUUUAAAAAAAUAAACGGAAAAAUAAAACAAAUUAUUUUGAUCGACAAUUAAAAAUGAAGCAAAACACUAUGGUGCAAAAGUUAAGUUUAUGUGCAAAAGAGAGACAAAUUUUGAGUGAAGAUUUUAAUGGUUAUGCAAUACGUGCAUUGUGUCGCAAGUGGUACUUAAGUACAUGUAAGAAAAUUGAGUUUCAAAAAGAAUGAACAUGAACCAAAUGUAUACUUGAUUUUGUUUGACGCUGAUCACAUCUGAUCCUCCUGACUUACACUGGAGUACAAGCAAGAAAUAUCAUUUAAGCAAGAAAGCAGCAUGCCAGGGGGGCGAAGGGGCCUAGUAGCCCCUCAAAAUACAUUCCUGGAAAAUAUUAUACGAAGAAGUAGCAGUCAACCUGAUAGCAGUUUCUUACUGGCCAAUGCUCAAAUAGUUGAUUUUCCAAUCGUUUAUUGCAACGAAACCUUCUGCAAAAUUUCAGGUUUCAAUCGAGCUGAGGUAAUGCAAAAAUCAUGCCGUUGUGGAUUUAUGUAUGGAGAACUAACGGAUAAAGAAACCAUUACCAGGAUUGAUGAAUGCUUAGAUGGUCAGAUUGCAGACCAAUUUGAAGUUUUGCUGUAUAAAAAAAAUAGUGCCCCUCAAGAAACUCCAUUAUGGCUACUGCUACAAAUAGCGCCAAUAAAAAACGAACGAGAUCUAGUGGUCCUGUUUUUGUUAACUUUUCGGGAUAUAACGGCAUUGAAACAACCAAUCGAGACAGACGACACGAAAGGAGGCCUUUCCAAAUUUGCCAAACUAGCCAGAUCAGUUACCAGAUCCAGGUCAGUCCUUGUUUCCCAAUUCAGCUCUCAUCUGCCAGCACUGAAAGACUCAACAAUACCAAUUGCAACAAAGCAAGCAUAUUUGGGUCCUAUGAUGUCCUUGAGUGGAGAUGUUAUGCCCCAGUAUCGUCAAGAGGCUCCAAAAACACCUCCUCAUAUCCUUUUACAUUACUGUGCUUUUAAAGCGAUCUGGGACUGGAUUAUUUUAUGCCUAACUUUCUACACAGCCAUUAUGGUCCCUUAUAAUGUCGCAUUUAAGAAUAAAACUAGUGAAGAUGUCUUUCUCUUGGUGGUGGAUACUAUAGUUGAUGUGAUAUUCUUCAUCGAUAUCGUGCUCAAUUUUCAUACUACUUUUGUUGGUGCUGGCGGUGAAGUUGUUUCCGACCCGAAGGUCAUUCGAAUGAAUUAUCUCAAAUCUUGGUUCAUUAUUGAUUUAUUAAGUUGUCUUCCAUACGACGUUUUUAAUGCCUUCGAUCAUGAUGAAGAUGGAAUAGGAAGCCUUUUCUCUGCCCUCAAAGUCGUGCGACUACUUCGACUCGGAAGAGUUGUUCGAAAAUUGGAUAGAUAUUUAGAAUACGGGGCUGCGAUGCUCAUACUUCUGCUUUGUUUUUACAUGCUGGUGGCGCACUGGCUAGCGUGUAUUUGGUAUUCGAUAGGAAGGUCUGACGCGGAUGCUGGUGUACAGUAUUCAUGGCUGUGGAAAUUGGCCAAUGUUACUCAGUCUCCAUAUAGCUACUUGUGGACUAAUGCAAGUACUGGUCCGGAACUCGUGGCAGGACCAUCCCGUCGGACGAUGUAUGUCACAGCUUUAUAUUUUACUAUGACUUGCAUGACCUCCGUGGGAUUUGGAAAUGUUGCUGCGGAGACUGACAAUGAAAAGAUCUUUACCAUUUGUAUGAUGAUUAUCGCUGCAUUGUUGUAUGCCACGAUUUUUGGACACGUGACUACCAUCAUUCAACAGAUGACUUCAGCGACAGCUAAAUAUCAUGAUAUGCUAAAUAAUGUACGGGAAUUUAUGAAACUUCACGAGGUGCCUAGAGCUCUUAGCGAGAGAGUUAUGGAUUAUGUUGUAAGCACGUGGGCGAUGACCAAAGGCCUAGACACUGACAAAGUGCUUAAUUAUUGCCCUAAAGAUAUGAAAGCUGACAUAUGCGUGCAUCUAAAUAGAAAGGUCUUCAAUGAACAUCCUGCUUUUCGUUUGGCGUCUGAUGGAUGUUUAAGAGCUUUGGCAAUGCAUUUUACAAUGUCACAUAGUGCUCCAGGAGAUUUACUAUAUCACACAGGGGAAUCAAUAGACUCUCUUUGUUUUAUUGUAACUGGAAGCCUGGAAGUUAUACAAGACGAUGAAGUAGUGGCCAUCCUGGGAAAAGGAGACGUCUUCGGGGAUAGUUUCUGGAAAGAUUCAGCAGUGGGUCAGAGUGCAGCUAAUGUCAGAGCUCUCACCUAUUGUGAUUUACAUACCAUAAAAAGAGAUCGUCUGCUAGAAGUUCUAGAUUUUUAUCAAGCUUUUGCCAAUUCGUUUGCACGCAAUCUCGUCCUCACCUAUAAUCUUCGACAUCGCCUAAUUUUUCGGAAAGUGGCUGAUGUUCGUCGUGAGAAGGAGUUGGCAGAGAGAAGAAAAAACGAGCCACAGCUGGACCAAUCUCAGGAUCAUCUGGUUCGGAAGAUAUUUUCAAGGUUUCGUAGAGAAAGACACUCUGACGUAGAAAAAGGAGAAUCAAAAGAAGGGGAAUCCAAGGAAAUUCAAAUCCGAAAAUUGCCUUCGACUGAUGAAACUAUAGUGGCACGACCAAAACCCAGCAAAUGGGGAAGAUUAUUAGGCAGUUCGAGUUUAGAUUCUGGCAGCGAAACUGGGACCGUAACAGAUACAUUUAAGCGAUCGUUGAGUGCACGUGAUACUCGAGCCAGUUCCAGUGCCGGUACAAAUAAGGUCUUCCCAAAACUUGGUAAACUGGGUGGAACCAUUGAGGAACCAGCUGACGUUGAUAAAGAACAUCCGACUUGUCAGACGCUGGUCGUGGAUUCCAAGCAACUUCAACUUCGUCGACUCGAAAGCUACGACGGUGGCUUAAUCACACAACCGGGUCACGAGCGAGAAAUUUUGGCAGCUGUACUGGAAGUCAAGGUCGACUUAAAACUUGAGGUCCAACGGGUGAACCAGAAACUCGCAAAAAUCGAGGAUUUGCUUCAGUCUUUAAUGAACAGAAUACCAGCACCUGUUGCAAGUCCCCCGCACGGUGCUGGGGUUUCUUCACAAAAAAGACCCACAGUUCCUUUAUCGGGAAACGGGACUCAACCUCUCACUGCUGUUCCUGUUUCCCAAAGUGGCUCUGUUGGCCCAGGAUCCGGAAAUAAUGGAGCUGAACUGAUAACAAGCCCAACGUCGAGUGCAACAUUUUUAAUUAGAGAAAGUGAUCAAGUCGCAUCGACAAGCAGCCGUCUCACACCUAAACCUUUAGAUCAACAAAAACCACAGCAAUCACAAGCACAUCAUCAUCAUCAUCACCAUCAUCAUCAUCAUCAACCAAUCGAAAAACAUAAGGAAUCUGUCACCGAAAGACUAAGUGGCAUGUCGUCAGAUAGCAAAUCUUCAACAAGAGAGAUUAAUAAGGAACUUUUGGAAAGAUUGGCACAAGUUUCUAGUUCUCGUGAAGAAACAAGUGCAUUGGGUCCUCUCAUUUUAAGAAAACGAAGAAGUAAAUCAAGAGGAAAGGGUGUGGCGCCUCUUGCACCUUUAGCAACUCAGUCGGUGAGUUUGAUGGAAGCCACGGAAACAACACAAAUGUUGGAAUCAACUGAGGACCGAGAAAUGAGCACAGAAAGAUCAAGUAGAGCCGAACGAAAAAGACCACCUCCUAGGCCUAGAGAUUACUUGUGAAAUUUCUUAUCCUUCCAAAUAAUCUUCUUCAAGGCUAGUGGAUACAUUGAAAUUUUUCAACAAUUUCAAUCACCUUCGAUUGCUUACUUCCUUUGAAGGUUAAAUCUUCCCACUCAAAUACACUGCGUAAAAGUUUUGAGCUUCCUCAGCAGAUAACGAGACAAAAUGGAAAUGCGUGGUUCUCAAAUUUUCGACCAAGAUUUAGUCGCUUUUCCGCGACUCGUAGAAUAAUCAUCAUAAACGAAAGUGCAAAUUGUAUAAAAUAUUUUAUAAAACGAUAACAAUGUAGAAAGUUAUUAAAAUCAUUUUUUUCAAGGAUGUCGCGUUGCACUUUUUGCUAAUAUAGUUGACAUUGAAUUACAAGUGUGCGCUCUGCCAAAAACACAGUUGACAUAUGUAUAUAGAGAGCGAGAUGCACUAUUUUCAAAAAUAAAAAUAUCGCAUUAAUCAGAAAAAGUUCAUCUCGCUUUUUGACGGCUUCUUCUUGACAUCGAAAUUAUUCAAAGAAUAAUUUUAUCGUGCUGUUAUUUACUGCGAAUAAAUAAUAAGGAAUAGAUUUAAAAGGCGUCUUAGAGAAAUAAUGUAUAUUAAAUGCAGUCGAUUAUACAUAUACAUAUAUAUAUAUAUAUACAACAUAUCCACACGGGAAAGCGCUUACAAUAUAAUAAGACCUAUCGUGUGGAUUAAAGAGUUAAGGAAUCAUUUGUUAUAAAUCGAAUAAGAAAGAUUAGAAACCAAAUUAUUGACGAAUCAAAAUUUAAGGCAUUUUUUUAGAAUCUCGAUUAAAAGCAAUGAUUUUAAAUGUUCUCAAGUAUUGUAAUGUAUUGGGUUACUAUAAGUUUAGAAAGUAUUAAAAUGUAAUUUAAAAGAAAAAGUUUUAAUCUGUUAAAAUUCAAGUAUACAAUUUAAUUUAAACCUUAUUUUUUAUAAUCUAACUAAUUCACAGUAAAUGAUUUAUUAAUUUUUUUCAUAUAUUUCAUACUUGACAAAUAUUGUGACAACAAUGUGGUUCAUAGAUGAAACGGAAAAUUUUCAAUAUAUAAACAAUUAUUGUGUAUAUUUUCGAUAUUAAACUACAAAAAAACUAAUAAUAUAAUAAAUAUUAUAAUAUUUGAAAUCAUUUUGCAUUUUAUUUCGAUGUUGGGUAUAUGUGAGUACGCAUUAUUCAGCUCAGGAAUUUAUCUUAAUUAAGAAGGUAAUAUAUGAUAUCAACUGGGAUACUCUUCGCCAUGAGGAUAUUCUUUUUUUAUUGAACGCUUAUAGAGCAAAACGCGUCAUUGUACUGACAUAUUAAACUCGAAAGUCUAGAAAAAUAUAUGAAGAAAUUAUAAAGAGCUCACAUGAUCUUUGUGCUGAUACUACGUAACUACGAAUUUGUAUAUUCUGUAUGAAAACUUAUAAAAUAGUUAGGAAAUAUUCUCGUACAACGGUGCUCCGACCAUAUUUUGCAAUUAAUAAUAGCAAUAAUAUUAUAAUAUUUAUGCCAUGUGGGAUGCACGAGAGAAAUUUUUAUCGAUAAUAAACUAUAAAAGGAGCAGAAUAAGUAUAUGUAUAUAUUUUCCAAGGCCGUAACUGGAAACGCAAAAAAUUAGUGUGCACAAAAUUUACAAAGAAAUUUAAAAAAACAUUAGAAAUAAUUCAUUCAAUUACUUUCUUCUUUGAAAAAACCAUAUAAUUUAAAAAAUAUUUUAGUUCUCUUCAAAUUAGUCAAAAUUAUUUCAAUUAUAGCUUUAUACUACAAGUGACUAAUAUGCCCAAGUGUGACAUACCUAUUUGGUUGAAACUUGUCAAACUUUCAGAACUCGCAAAAAUAAUUAAUACGUAUUUUUUCUUAUCGGCAAAGAAGAAUGGAAACCACCCCCUAUUUUACUCAAAAACUGUAAAGAAUCAUAAAAAUAUGCGCGCAAACAUUCAGUGAAAAUAUUUGCUCUAAAUGCCAAGUUUUAUAAAAAUUUUACAACUUUUUAAAAAUUUGGUCCACAAUUUUGAAUUUUUUUAAUUGUAUUAUUUUAUUGUUAUGCUUUUUCAAGGUUUUAGAGUAAAAUAGAGGGUACAUAGUUUCAAACCUUUAACCUUCUUCUUUUCUGAUGUGAAAAAUUACGUAUCAAUUAUUUUUGUGGGUUCUGAAAAUGUGACAAGUUUCAGCCAAAUCGACAUGUCACACUUAGGUAGGUUUAUUUGUUAACGUUUAUAACAAAUUAUAGGAUAUAAAAAUAGGAUUAAAGACAAAACUUGCAUUUUGACAAAUUUCUUAAUAAUUUUCAGGCUAGUUACGGUCCUGGUCUUAUCACAUUUUUAUUUCAUUAUACAUGUAUACAGAGGUGGGUCUGAUGAAAAAAAAUUGAAAAUGUGAGCCAAAUUAGAAGAUAAUAUUGUGAUACAUGAUGUGCAACAAUUUCUUUACUGCGGUGAUAAUAUUAUUUAACCAUAUAUUUUUCUAAGAUACAAUUCUUUGAUAUGCUGUGAAUUUAAUAAUACCUUAUAUGAAUUUUUCAAUUUCCAAAACACGAACUCUUGAAAAAAAAAAUUUUUUAUUUUUCUUACCCAGAUAACACGUAAGCUUAUACUAAGAAAUAUUGCUCCAAUCUUUUAGAAAGAGUAUACUGAAAACUUGCAGCAAAGCAUUAGUAUAUUGCGGUAAGCUUGCAUCAAUAUUUAAUUGCAAGCUUGAAGCAAAGUUACAAUGAAGCAUUUCACGGCAAGCUUGUUUCGAUGGGACAAUUUGCUACUUGCGGCAACAUUACUGUGCAAGCUUGACAAUCUUUCACGAUAAGCUUUCCACAAGAUUAGGUACGUGUUAUGUGAAAAAAAUGUUAGUCAUGUAAUAACUUGUAAAUUAAGAAAGACAUGUUAUUACAUUUUUUUAUAGAGCUCGUGUUUUACAUUUAUUAAUCAAUAAAUUUUCAUUUAAGCUUUUUCUUUUCUGUUCAAAAGUCGAUGAUAAUUUUAUUGGUAAAUAUUCAAAUAGCACAGCAUCAAAUUUUCGAAGUAAUAUUGUAUCAAAUUUAUCAGGCAAUAUUGUCUUAAUAUAGCCGAAAAAUAUUCGCAAUGUUUUAAACAGGGUUUCUACAUUACUAUUUGGCUGAAUUUUCAGAAUUAUUUUAAAAAAUAUAACUUUUAAUAAUUUAAUUAAGUACUAUUAUUUUCACAUAUUUCGUAAAUUCAAUUAUUUUUAUUUCUAUUACUCGAUUUCGAAAUACUACUUUAAAAAAUUCCAGUAUUGUUAUUUUUAAAUUACUAUUGUUAGAGAUAAAGAAAUUCUUCGAAAGAUAUCUUUGAUGUUAUACGAAAAAUUUCUUACAUGGUUAUAAUUCAAUUCAAUUCAAUUACAAAUUAAAUAUCAAGAUUUUACUACUUUAAUUUAUCAAAAUAUGUAAAUGUAAAAAUUGGUUAGUCAGGGAAAAAGUCAGGAAAUUUUAAAAAUGAAAUUUUGCGGACAUCUUGUUAAAUUAAUUUAAUUUUAAGUUAAAUCACAGAGAACUCAUAAAAUUUUCCAAUAAAAAAUUUUGUAGAAACCCUGGUGAAAAUAGAUAUGUUGUGCCAUUUAGGUAAAUGUUUUAAAGUUGUGGAAUUGUUUAUUAUUUUUUAUAAUUUUUCGUAUAAAAAAAAAAUUAUGAAACAAAUAAUUUCCAAUAGUAUAAUUCAGAUGAAUCUAUUUCUGUAAUAUUUUAUCUAAAAACUUGACAUUUCGUUGAGUGUUCUUCGUCUAGAGGAAAGUACUCUCUUUACUAAAGCUAUUAGGAAUUGUAAAAUAAUAUUUCAAUCAUUAUUGCAAAUAUGUACAAUCACUACUUUCUUGUGAUAUAUUAACGAAAAUGAAAGUGAACUAAGUUCGAUUACAACUGAAUUUCAUUUAUUCUUCUAAAAACUACUAGCAGCAAAUAUUAUAUUACAAAAAUGAAAAAUAUAUAUUAAGCAAAUUUUUUCUAAGAAUUUUUGAAUUUUUAAAUUAUUAAUUAAGUCAUAAUUUUUCCUUAUUAAUAAUAAUAUUGCAAAGAAGAAUCGCUAUAUAAAUUUCCAAGUAAUAUUAGAGUAUAAUAAGAAACAAUUUCCUGCUAUAAUAUAGAAAGUAAACAUGUAUUGUUUUUUUAAAAUCAUUUUUGAGUACUUUCCUCUGUUGACUUUUAAUGGAAAGUGGAAAACUUGAAAUUAAAAAUAAUUAUUUUUCUAUCAACCGUUGAAUCUUCAGGGGAUCGUUGAGCGAUGGAACUGUGCGUACCAAAAAAGGACCUAUUGAUAAUAUAUUUAUUAAUUCACAUAACUUGCACGCCAAAUGUCGUGUCGUUUGAAACAGCAAAACUAGUUGUACAUAUAAAACAAUUACACAUAUUAAACGUGUAAAUAUUGUAUGUAAUUUACUAUGCAUUCUCGAAUAUCUGCGUACGUGUACAUAAAAAGUUCAGUAUUUCAAAGAGGAAGAAUUUUAGGUCGUAAUAAUGAAUUAUUUAUAAGGAAUGUAUUCAAGUUAGCUCAAAUAUUUAUUUAGUUGUUUUCAUCUUUUAAAUUUAAAAAAAAAUUAUAUCAUUGAGACUCUGAAAUAAUAAUUCACAAUGUUUAUCAUUUAAUUAUAUAAUUAUUAUUAAAAUAAGUAAAUUUCCAAUUAGGUAAGUUUUGAGAUUUUUUUUUAUUAUUUUAACCAUUUCAUUUUUUCAAUAUCUAUAUGAAUAAUCAAAAUUAUCGGUUUGAAAAUGGUUUCCUAAAUAUUUCAGCUAACUACAUUUAAUGCGUAAAAUGAUUGUACUUUAUAUUAACUGGCUCCUGUUCGUGUUACUCAGACGAGGAAAAAAAAUGUUUAUUCAAUCGCAAAAAUAUAUACCUUGUUAAACAAGAAAUUAAUUUUUAUUAGGUCUAAGUAAUAAAUUGUGUAUGUGAUAAUAGUCAAUGAGAAAAUGAAAUAAAAUUUCAAAAACACUAGUGAUUAAAAUGAUUUUAAAGAAUAAUUUUGUAAAUGCUUUAUAUAUUAGGGUAGUCCUUAUUUAAAAUUUUUUUGAAUUUCUAUACUUUUGGAAGCAAAAAAGGCUUCUAUAACAAUAAAAAAGAUAUUCUUCGAGUUUGAUCUCUUUAUAUUAGUAUUAAGCUGUGCCGACAAACGAUGGAAUUUCCCCAUGUAAAUUACACACUGCUCUCUAAAUCUGAAUUAGUAAAAAAGUAAAAAUGUUUACUAAUUGGAAUUAGUGAC